GAAUCCCCACCCAGGCAACCAGGCACCCGGGCAGCCCAGGUCGGGAGGCCCUUUCCUCUGUUCGGCGUAGGCGCUGGGCGGGCCGCAUCGUGAGAUAAGAGUUGGGUCGAAUCACUCAUUUAUGAACCUGGCCCGCCCAUCUCACCAAGCCUUCCCUCCCAUGUCCUGAUCUCUCCCAAGGCCUGUCAGCCAGUCAGUCAUUCACUCUCUCGGUCUGCCUGUUUGCUCACCUUCAGUCGCUCCUUCAUCGCCACUGUUUGCUGCCGCCUUGUAUUUGCACUGCACCACAUCGCUUUUUUGCCGCUUGUGUUGUCUGUCUGUCGCUCAUUCCUUCCCGUAUUUCAACAAACCGUUCAGCAUUCCGUUUCCAGGACGACCCGGCGCAGCGAGUCACUCAAGACAUUGUUGUAACUCGACCUCGACAGCUUUCUUGGCUAUUUUCGACCAUCCCUGCGCCUGUAUAUCUGACACAACGCCUCGAGCGCUUAUAUUUGGAAACCUCGACUCUUUUCCAGCUUGUGUUCAGAGCAUUAUUGUUCAUCACCACACACCAUUUGACGUACAUCCAUCUUUCGGGUCGCCAUAAUGUUUGUCCAACGAACUGUCCUUGGCCUCGUCAGCGCCGCCUCCUUGGCUGCAGCCGUGCCUGCUAUCGACGUCCAGGGUUCCUUUUUCGUCAACCAGGUCACCGGCGCCAGGUACCAGAUCGUCGGUGUCGCCUACCAGCCUGGCGGCUCUGCCGGGUACAACCCCGGGUCUGGCAUCGACCCUCUUAGCAACAAGGAUGAGUGUCUUCGUGAUGCUGCUCUCAUGCAGAUCCUGGGCGUCAACGCCAUUCGUGUGUACAACAUUGACCCCGAUGUGAACCACGAUGAGUGUGUCUCCAUCUUCAAUGCGGCCGGCAUGUAUAUGUUCUUGGACGUCAACUCUCCCCUCCCUGGAGAGAGUAUCAUGUCUGCUGCGCCUUGGGAGUCUUACUACGCCGGCUACCUGAACAGGACUUUUGCCGUCGUCGAGGCCUUCAAGGACUACCCCAACACCGCCGCCUUCUUCAGCGGAAACGAGGUCAUCUUUGACGAGCACAACGGAGCUACCGUCCCUCCCUACAUCCGUGCCGUCACCCGUGACCUCAAGAACUACAUCUCCAAGAACUCCAAGCGUGCUAUCCCCGUCGGUUACAGCGCUGCCGAUGUCAGGUCCAUCCUCUUCGACUCGUGGCAGUACAUGCAGUGUGAGGACGCGGAGGACGAGAUGAGCCGCGUCGACCUCUUCGCGCUCAACAGCUACUCGUGGUGUGGCAACAGCACUUUCACCGAGUCCGGAUACGACCAGCUUGUCGCAGGCUUCGAGGGCAGCUCUGUGCCCAUCUUCUUCUCCGAGUUUGGCUGCAACACUCCUUCUCCCCGUGUCUUCACCGAGGUGCCAGAGAUCUACAGCGAUGAGAUGCAGAACGUCUUCAGCGGUGGCAUCGUCUACGAGUACGCACAGGAGGAGAACAACUACGGUCUGGUCAACAUCAGCUCCGAUGGCUCUGCCCAGAUCAUGUCCGACUACUACGCCCUGAAGGAGCAGUACGCUGGCCUGAACUUCACCAACAUCCAGGGCAUUGCCCCAUCCAAGAAGAGCAGCCCUGCGCCCAAGUGUAGCGCGAAGCUGAUCACCACCGAUGGUUUCACCACCAACUUCACCAUCCCUGCCCUCCCGCCCAACGCCUCGGCCCUCAUCGAGAACGGUAUCAGCCCCAAGCCGGUCGGAAAGAUCGUCGAUAUUGCUGACUACUCGGUUACCGUUACCGUCAAGGACAACAACGGAAACGAGAUCUCUGACCUUGCCGUCGUCCCGCUCGGUGACAACGAGAUCAACUCGCCCGGUGCCAACAAGGCUGCCGCCACCGGCACCGGAGGCUCCUCUUCCACCGGCACCAGCUCGGGCUCGAGCGCUUCCUCGUCCUCCAAGAGCGCAGCCGCCGGCCUCUCCGCUCAGGGCGGAUGGACGGCGUUGACUGUGGUCUCUGCUGUGACCGCCAGCUUCCUGGUUGGGUUCCUGGCUUAGAUGCCCUACUAUGAUUCAUCAAGAAUCUGCGUCGACCACAGGGGGAUACAUAAUAUAGUGACUAGAACUCGUCACGGGGAAGAGGGAAACGCUAGAGCGGGGCUUGAUGAUACGGCAACAAACGACACGCGCCCGACUGAACGAAUGACUUUCUUGACAGUGUUUGUUGAGUAUCGGUGUUAUGAUACCAAUUAUGCUUGUGCAUUUUCGCUUCUCUUCAAAAGAUAGGGUCUAGGAGUAAGAAUCAGGAAUUUGUAAUCAUCAUUGUGGGGUCUUGUGAAAAUCAGUAGCACGUUGUGAGAUAUCGACCGAGGACUUUCCUUGCGGGAAUGAAGGGAUCGUGGGCCCCAGAUGGCUCCGUCACCUGCUUUCAUAGCCAUUGUUUCUCGACGUGACCCCGGAAGUUAACGAAGGAUUGGCCGGUUAGCUUUGGCCUGACAUCCCUAGGAAACGUGAAGAAGCCAUCGCCCUUUCUGCCCGUCAGUAGGUCCAAUAGUUCUAGGUGCUUCGACGGCCCAAUUGUGUCAAUCCCAGCUCCAAAUUCAUACCGAGCUCUGCUGAGUAUCUUGAGUUCUGUGUCAGGGUGGGUGUCUCGGACAGGGUAGCUGUCGAGGUGUGCUUUGAUAGACUAGCUUCUACAAAGGUUAGCAUACUUGAUUAACUAAAUUAGUGUCAACAGAGCGCUGUGAUCGCCAGUGAGGCGACGUGAGUGAGCAUCGUGGCAUGAGCGUUGAGGAAGGCACAUAGGAGGAGUCGCUGGGAACUCUCUUCGCGUGUGUGCAUGUUGUCCGACACGAACAAAUUUUGAGCUUGUCAAAUUUCUUUUGGUCCCAAGAUCUGAAGUCAUUCCACUAUACGAUGUUGCUUGAGGAAGUGUUCGAUGUGUUUACUUCGGUGGACUGGGGACGAGUUCACCCCUCUUCCAAGCUCGGCUGUGAGCUUGAGAACUAGGUCGACAGCUCACAGCUCGGGUAGGAACCCUCUAGUGUACGCCGUGACCGGUGUAAGUCAAGGCAGGUGGGAGGAGAGGAAGAACUUCUGAUCCCAGAACAUGGCUCCCUUGCUCGCCCACCUGGUCUUAUCCCAACAGAGUGAACCACGCGACUCAAUACCACGACGGCGUGUUGAGUGGUCACAGCCCAUCGCAGUUCUUGAUGAGUCUUAGAUAGAAGAUGCCGCGC